UUAAAUGAUAUCAAUUUGUGAAAAAAUUAAAUUAUCAAUUUUAUCAGCUAGAUAUUUAAAUACCAACUAAAUCUUAAUCAAGGACGUGACAAAAUGAGCAAAGUAUCAUCAGUUGUACAUUUGGUAUCAAAUAAUUUAUUCAAUAAAAGUACGACAAAAAGAUUAAUGUCAACGAUGAUGAAUCCUUUGGUGGCUGUCUGUCAGAUGACAUCAACAGAAAAUAAAAAAAAAAAUUAUUCAAUCCUCGAGGAUCUUGUAAUUCAAGCUAAGCAACGUCAAGCUUGUAUGGCAUUUUUUCCAGAAGCUUGUGAUUAUUUAGCAGACAACAAGAAAGACAUCGUAGCGAUGAGCGAAUCUCAAGACGGUCUGAUGAUGUCAAAAUACAAAAACCUGGCAAAGCAGCACGACAUCUGGUUGUCAUUGGGCGGAUUGCAUGAAAAACGUCCUGAUAGUUCUGAAAAAAUAUCAAACACCCACGUUGUCAUAAAUAAUCAAGGAUCAGUCGUUGCUUCAUACAGAAAAAUUCACUUAUUUGACAUGGAGAACAAAGAAACUGGUGUAAGAUUAAUGGAGUCCGAUUAUGUGGUUGCCGGAGACAAGAUCGUCGAUCCUGUUGACAGUCCAGCCGGCAAACUGGGUCUUAGUAUCUGCUAUGACAUGCGAUUUCCGGAAUUGUCAUUAGCGUUACGCAAUUCUGGAGCUCAAGUUCUGACAUAUCCAUCAGCAUUUACCUAUCAAACUGGAGCUGGACACUGGGAAAUAAUAUUGCGGUCACGUGCUAUUGAAACCCAGUGCUAUGUUAUUGCUGCUGCUCAAACUGGUACUCACAAUAAAAAACGCGUCAGUUGGGGUCAUGCGAUGAUUGUAGAUCCCUGGGGUACAAUAAUAGCUCAAUGUUCUGAAAAAACGGGAAUUGCGAUUGGUGAAAUAGAUUUAAAAUUACUAAAUAAAAUACGUGACAAUAUGCCAUGCAAUAAACAUCGACGCACUGAUUUGUAUCCAUCAAUAGAUAUCAAAUAAAUUGUUAUUAAUUA